GCUUCGGCGGGAUUCGUCAUUUCCCAAAGCGGCAGGCUUGAGCUCGGCUGCGAGAGAGCCAGCGAGCGUCGCGUCGAAACCGUUAAAUAUAGACGCGUUUCAGAAGAUGAGCGCGUCGGAGACAUAACACACCAUCGACCGAUGGCGAUGGAAGACGGACUGGUGUCUGAAGACGAUAUCUUGCUUCGCUCAGAGAAGGAGUUUCACGAUGCUGCAAAGAGGAACGACACUGAGAGAAUGCAGGAGCUCAUCAGAAGAGGGGUGGACAUCAAAGUUAAAAAUAAGAUGGACCGUAAGGCGUUGCACUGGGCAGCAGGAGCCGGCAGCGAACAGGCAGUGCGUCUGCUGCUGGACCACGACAUGGAGGUGGACGAUACGGACAGCUUCGGUAUGAACGCUCUGCUCUUGGCGGCGUGGUUUGGUCACCUCUCAAUCCUGAAGAUCCUUGUCUCGACUGGUGCGAAGCUCACCUGUGAAAACAAAAAUGGCUUGAAUCUCUUGCACUGUGCUGCCCAGAGGGGUCACAUCAGUAUUUUGGAGUAUAUUAUGGAAGAUCUGGAAAACGUGCAGCUUAAUAAAGUCGACAAGUCAGGUAAGACAGCGUUUCAUUUGGCCGCAGAGCACGGACACCCGGAGGUGGUGGAGUUUCUCAUCGGUAUGGGGUGUGCUCAUGACCUCAAGGACAAGGAAGAAAACACUGCACUGCACUUGGCAGCGAAGCAAGGCCACAGCGACGUCCUACAGAAGAUCAUGGAGACCGGGGAGAGCAUUGAUGAAAAAAACAUUGAUGGCAUGACGGCUUUACAUUUGUCAGCUGAAGGAGGGCAUUAUGAAAGUAUCAGACUCUUGCUGGAGGCUGGCUGCAAUAUCAACGAACUUACUCAUACUAACAGGACAGCUCUUCAUCUGGUGGCCCAGCAUGGCUCAGGAAGAGAGGUCAAACUGCUGGUACAGGCUGGGAUCAAUCUGGAUUCAGUGGAUACACAACAUACUUCAGCUCUGCACCUGGCAGUGCUCAACAACUCCACGGGAAUAGUCAAGGAUCUCAUCGAUGCGGGAUGCGACCUGGACAUCUUUGACAGCCGGCUUCAAACUGCUUUGCACGUAGCAGCAGAACACGGACAGCAGAACAUCGCCGAGAUGAUCCUGAUAUCCGGGGUCAACCUCAAUCUGCUCGACAAGCAGGGAAAGACGUCAUUGGACGUUGCAGCACGAGGCAACCACGUCAAUGUCGUUGACAUGAUUAUCAAAGCUGACAGAUUUUACAAAUGGGAGAAGGAAAAUGUGACGAGUGACUCUGACUCUUUGGUGGGAAUGAGUCUUACCUUUAAGCAAGAUCAUCGACAGGAGACCCAACAUAUUCGAUCUGUCCUGUGGAAACUUGCCUCCAAAUAUCUCAAACCAGGCGAGUGGAAAACACUGGCUCGGCACUGGAAGUUCUCGGACGCACAUAUUCGAGCCAUUGAGCACCAAUGGACAGGUACAAAGAGCUACAAGGAGCACGGGCACAGGAUGCUCCUCAUCUGGCUGCACGGAGUGAUCACCGCUGGAGAAAACCCCAUCAAGGGCUUAUACGAAGGUCUGACUGGAAUCUCAAGGAUUGAUUUGGCAGAAAGCAUGCGACAGCAGGCAAAUGCGGAUACAUCCUCUGCUAAAAAAUGCUCUACAAUGUGAAGUGAGAUUUUUUGAGAACGGUCUGAGCACGUACCAACCAGGAGAUGCGAUGCUCUCGUCAAAUACACAACACUAAUGAAACACAAAUACUCCCUAAAUACAUCCUCAGUGAUGUAACUGAGAGGAAAACCACCAAGAGCAAAUAUUUACAGCAAACAUGACUUUGGACAGAAACAAUAUGUUUCCGUGGAACCAUUCAUAUUGAGAAAAUAUGACAGAGUGCUUUUUUUCUUUUCUUUUUUAGGAGAACAGUUAGAUUUUUCUCCCGCCAAGCAAUAACAUUUUUGGUCAUGCUGAAUUUCCGGUUCAUUUUUACAGCCGCAUGUCCUCCUGUCCUUCAUUUAUUUGUAGUUGCAGCUUUUCUGCUGUAAUUGUUAUUUUUAAGAUUAGAAACAAAGACAAUACUAAUGCAGCCGCAUUGCUCAGGAUACUGUGAAACACAUUUUAUAUGUGUUUAAAGGUGUGUGAUCAUCCUGUUCAUCGUGGGAUUCGUUUUGUUUUUAAUAUGUACAAAUGUUCGUAUAUGAAAGCGGGACACAAGAGAGGACAAGAUGCAACGAAAUGAAAAGAACAAACUGCUGCAGUAUUUUAUGCAGAUUAGGGCUGGGUUGACGUCAAUUGUUUUUUUUUUCGGAGUAAAUCCCAAUAAGCUUUGUGCUUUGUUACUUUUGCUAAAAAAAACAAAGUCUUAGCUUUUAAAUUUCUCAAUUAAAUUUAAUAAAGCGCCUCAUUCCCAGACGCAA